GAGCCGAGCACAAGCCCUUGGAGGGCCCAGGUGGUUGUUGUUCGGACUGGGCAGAAAAAUAGGAUGGUGGUGGACUAUAGUCAAACCAUCAAUAGGUUUACGCAGCUUGACGCAUACCCCCUACCCCGCAUCGCGGAUAUGGUCAACCAGAUUGCUCAGUAUAAGGUGUACUCGACAAUAGAUCUGAAAUCCGCUUAUCACCAGCUCCCCAUCUGCCCAGAGGACCGCCCCUACACCGCCUUCGAGGCGGGCGGCCGGCUCUAUCACUUCCUGCGCGUCCCUUUCGGUGUCACGAAUGGUGUCUCUGUCUUCCAGAGGGAAAUGGACCGGAUGGUGGACCAGUACCGACUGCAGGCCACAUUUCCCUAUCUGGAUAACAUCACCAUCUGUGGUCAUGACAGGCCAGAUCACGACGCCAACCUCCAACGGUUUCUCCAAGUGGCCGCAGCUCUGAACCUUACUUAUAACAGGGACAAGUGUGUUUUUGACGGUGCCUGGGGUUUUUUUUCCUAUUACGCCCAAUGGGUCCCCCAUUACGCAGACAAGGCUCGCCCCCUGGUCAAGUCUACCUCGUUUCCCCUCUCUGCUGAGGCCUGCGCGGCCUUCAACUGCAUUAAAGCGGACAUUGCCAAAGCUACGAUGCAUGCAGUGGACGAGACCGCUCCCUUCCAAGUGGAGUGUGAUGCCUCCGAUUUCGCUCUGGCUGCUACCCUUAAUCAGGAAGGCAGACCAGUAGCAUUCUUUUCUCGCACCCUCCAAGGCUCUGAAAUUCGGCACUCCGCGGUGGAGAAAGAAGCCCAGGCCAUAGUGGAGGCUGUUAGGCACUGGAGGCACUAUCUUGCUGGCAAAAGAUUCACUGUGCUGACCGACCAGCGCUCGGUUGCGUUCCUGUUCAGCAACCAACAGCGGGGCAAGAUCAAAAAUGAUAAGAUUUUGCGGUGGAGGAUAGAACUCUCCACCUACACCUAUGAUAUCCUGUACCGGCCUGGCAGACUCAAUGAGCCCCCUGAUGCCCUAUCCCGGGGAACAUGUGCUAGCACACAGCUCGACCAGCUGUACGCCCUUCAUGCACAACUUUGCCAUCCGGGGGUCACCCGAUUUUACCAUUUUGUGAAAGCUCGGAACCUGCCGUACUCCCUGGAGGACAUCAGGACGAUGACCAGGGACUGCCAAAUUUGUGCCGAGUGCAAACCGCACUUCUACUGUCCUGACACGGCACAACUUGUCAAGGCCACCCGCCCUUUUGAACGCCUGAGUGUUGACUUUAAGGGCCCCCUUCCCUCCACUGACCGCAAUGUCUAUUUUCUCAGUGUUAUUGACGAGUUCUCACGGUUCCCCUUUGCCAUCCCCUGCCCCGACACCACUGCCACGUCCGUCAUAAAAGCCCUGCGCCAGCUCUUCACUCUGUUCGGGUAUCCCUGCUAUAUCCACAGUGAUAGAGGGUCCUCCUUUAUGAGUGAAGAGCUGCGCCAGUACUUGCUAGCUAGGGGCAUUGCUACCAGUCGGACCACGAGUUAUAAUCCCCGGGGUAAUGGCCAGGUAGAGCGGGAGAAUGCCACAGUGUGGAAGGCCACACUGUACCUGGCCAGCUGCCCAGGCAGAAACAAGUGCGCUGCAGUCUGGAUCUUGCAGAAGAUGAUGGCCAACCACCUGUUCAAAAGUGUUAAGCAGGAAUCCUCACCCGUGAUGCAUUUGAAGAUAUUGCUCAUGAACAAAUAUGAAAGCUGGGUGACAGAUUUGGAGAAGCGGUCCACCACGGUGAAUAUAGCAGUGUUCCCAUGGCAGUGGAAAUGGCCGGGCUGGGAGCUACUCUUGGAGCAGGAGGUGGAGAGAGACUUGUUCUGGCGGGAGGCAGAAAGGAGUGCCGUGGUGGGGCCAACGGUGGUGGACGACCAGAUCAGGGAGAUUAAGGAAUCCAGGCUGUUGGUGUUGUCUCUUGCCGCCAACUUGUCUUUCACCCUGUCACUCAGACCAUCCCGCAAUACCUCUUGGAGUGCCUCGUCAUUCCACCCCGAGUCGGCCGCUCAUGUCCAGAACUCCAUGGAAUACUCGGCAACACUGCGGGAGCCCUGA